AUGGAAAAUUGCAAGACGACAAAGACUCCACUAAAUGCAAAUGAGAAGUUCACUUUAAGUGAUGGAGCUAAGAAGGUUGAUGAGAAGAAUUUUAGAAGUGUUGUGGGAAGUCUCAUGUAUCUCACUAAUACAAGGCCCAAUAUUACAUUUGCUGUAAGUCUUAUUUCCAGGUUCAUGCACAGUCCAAGCAAGCUUCAUUUGGGAGCAGCUAAGAGAAUUCUUCGUUAUGUUCAAGGAACUUUAUAUUUUGGCAUCAGCUAUUUAAGAAGCAACUCAAAUAAACUCAUUGCUUUUAUUGACAGUGAUUGGGCUUCUUGUACAGACGAUAGAAAAAGUACUACAGGUUAUAUGAUUAGUUUAGGAUCAGGUAUUGUUUCAUGGUCCUAA